CUCUUCAGACUCAUUAACCGCCAGCGGAUGAAAGAAGGCACACGUGCUUGUCUCACACAACGAGGACUCAAACUGCCGCUGUCUGGAAUUUCUAAAAGCUGGAUUAAUAUUCAUAUUUUGUUUUAUUUUUUUCGUGAAGGUGGCUUUUCAUCUAACAUUCCUGGAUGUAUUAAUUCACCCAUUUUCUUGGAAGAUACUGAGAUGGCUUCUGGAGAACAGCUGGGUCGUGUCGAGACAUAUGUGGAUUAAUCUUCAUUUUUUAUGCCUUUUCCCUCCUAUAAGAACCGCAUGAAACCGCCAAAAUGCGCCUCUUUUUAAACCAACCAACCACAUGAGUGGAGUCUAAAGCAACCCUUCACAUUUAUAUCCAUCCCUCCCCAUUUUCUUUCCAUCUACUGCAAUCAUCGUGUUGGUGAAAUAUGGAAAGUGAGGUUUUCAGCCCCCUGCUGGAGCACUUCAUGCUGUCACCACUGGUCUGCUGGGUGAAGACAGUGGGACAGCCCAUGGUGACAGAUGGCAGCAAACUGUCAGAAUAUGUGCAAUUAUUGGAUGGUGUUUACCUCAAUGAGGUCAUGCUAGAGAUAAAUCCCAAAGCUACAGUGCAGAGGACCAACAAGAAGGUGAACAAUGAUCCAACCCUUCGCAUCCAGAACCUUUCCAUUCUCAUUAGGCAGAUCAAAGCCUACUAUCAGGAGACGCUCCAGCAACUGGUGAUGAUGCCCCUACCCAAUGUGUUGGUCCUGGGACGGAACCCUCUCACUGAGCGAGGUCUGGAGGAGAUGAAGAAAUUGCUGUUGCUGCUGCUCGGCUGUGCUGUACAGUGUGAGAAAAAAGAAGACUAUAUCGAACGCAUCCAGAUUCUGGACUUCGACACCAAAGCUGCCAUUGCCUCCCACAUCCAAGAGGUAACACACAACCAGGAAAAUGUGGUGGACCUACAGUGGCUAGAGAGCGGGGAGAUGCCUGCUGAGGACCUGGCCAGUUUAUCCAGAAAUUUGGCCUUUCAUCUCAAACACGCAGUGGACGACAGGGACAUGCAACUAGAGACAAUCGUGGAGCUCACCCAGGAACGAGACUGCAUUCAGCUAUCCCCGCUGGGUGCCGGCCCGGCUCAGUCGCCUAAUGGUUCCCCCAGCAUGAGGAGGACGGAGAGUCGUCAGCACCUGUCUGUGGAGCUGGCUGAUGCCAAAGCCAAGAUUAGGCGUCUGCGGCAGGAAUUGGAAGAGAAGAGUGAGCAGCUUCUAGAUACACGGCAGGAGCUGGAGAACAUGGAGUUGGAGCUCAAGAAGAUUCAGCAGGAGAGUUACCAGCUUCUGUCAGACGCUCGCUCGGCCCGGGCAUACCGCGAUGAACUGGACGCCCUCCGCGAAAAAGCAGUACGUGUGGACAAGCUGGAAAGUGAGCUGACCCGCUAUAAAGAGAGACUCCAUGACAUCGAGUUCUACAAGGCCAGAGUGGAGGAGCUGAAAGAGGACAACCAGGUCCUGCUGGAGACCAAAACCAUGCUAGAGGAGCAGUUGGAUGCGAGCAGGAGCCGAUCGGACAAAUUGCACCUCCUGGAGAAGGAAAAUCUGCAGCUGAAGUCCAAAAUACAUGAUCUGGAAAUGGAGCGAGAUUUAGAUCGUAAGCGAGUGGAAGAGCUUUUGGAGGAGAACCUGGUCCUGGAAAUGGCCCAGAAACAGAGUAUGGAUGAGUCUUUACAUCUGGGCUGGGAGCUGGAGCAACUAUCUAAAACACCAGAGCUGACUGAGGCCCCACAAAAGUCCCUUGGCGAAGAGGUGAAUGAGCUGACGUCCAGUCGGCUGCUGAAGCUGGAAAAGGACAACCAGACACUCCUGAAGACUGUGGAGGAGCUCCGUGGCGGCGCUGGUCCAGAUUCGGUGGCCAAAUUUGGGAAAGUCACCCAAGAGAACCAGAGACUCAACCAAAAACUGCAGCAUUUGGAAAGCGAACUGGCAACGGAAAGAGAGUCGCUCCGCAGUGCUGAGUCUUUGAGCACGGACUUGAUGAAGGAGAAGGCUUUGCUGGAGAAGACACUGGAAACACUGCGAGAAAACUCAGAGAGACAGCUGAAGGGUCUAGAGCAGGAGAAUAAGCACUUGAGCCAGACUGUGUCAUCCCUGCGACAGCGCAGCCAGGUCGGCGCUGAAGCUCGCGUCAAAGACGUGGAGAAGGAGAACCGCAUCCUCCACGAGUCCAUUUGCGAAACGACAAGCAAGCUCAACAAGAUGGAGUUUGAGCGGAAACAGCUGAGAAAAGAACUGGAGGCCGUGAAGGAGAAAGGCGAGAGAGCGGAGGAAUUGGAGAUUUUUGUACAGAAGCUGGAGCGGGACAAUGAGAGUCUUCAGAAGAGAGUGGCCACUCUAGGAAUCACAUGUGAAAAGGUGUCGGCGUUGGAGAAGGAAAACACCGAUCUGGAAGCAGAGAGCCGGCGCCUCAAGAAGAAGUUGGACGCUCUGAAGAACAUGGCCUUCCAGCUUGAGGCUCUGGAGAAAGAGAACUCUCAGCUAGAGCAAGAGAACCUAGAGGCGCGGCGUUCGGCCGAGAGUUUCCGCUCGGCAGGCGCCAAGGCCGUGCAGCUGGAGGCCGAGAACAGGGAGUUAGAGAGUGAGAGGAGCCAGCUCAAGCGAAGCCUGGAGCUCCUCAAGGCAACUUCCAAAAAGACGGAGAGAUUAGAAGUGAGCUACCAGGGCUUGGACACAGAGAACCAGCGCUUGCAGAAGGCGCUGGAGAACAGCAGCAAGAAGAUCCAACAGCUGGAGACCGAACUGCAGGAAGUGGAGACUGAGAACCAGACCCUCCAACGGAACCUGGAGGAGCUCAAGAUCUCCAGCAAGCGCCUGGAGCAGCUGGAGCAUGAGAACAAGACUCUGGAGCAGGAGAGCUCCCAGCUGGAGAAGGACAAGAAGCUCCUGGAGAAGGAAAACAAGCGGCUGAGGCAGCAGGCCGAGAUCCGGGACUCCAAGCUGGACGACAGCAACCAGCGCAUCUCCACCCUGGAGAAGGAGAACCGCACGAUGGGCAAGGAGAUGAUCUUCUUUAGGGAUUCGUGCACGCGCGUCAAAGACCUGGAGAAGGAGAAUAAGGAGCUGGUCAAACAAGGCACCAUCGAUAAGAGGACGCUCAUUACACUUAGAGAGGAACUCGUGAGCGAGAAGCUUCGCACUCAGCAGAUCAACAACGACUUGGAGAAACUGACGCACGAGCUAGAGAAGAUUGGACUGAACAAGGAGAGGCUGCUACUGGACGAGGGCUCCGAUGACAGAUUUAAGCUUCUGGAAAGUAAACUGGAGUCCACGCUGAAGUCCUCAUUGGAGAUCAAAGAGGAGAAGAUCGCCGCCCUGGAGGCCAGACUGCAGGAGUCGUCCAAUCUGAACCAGCAGCUCCGGCAGGAACUCAAAACCGUGAAAAAGAAUUAUGAGGCGCUGCGUCAGAGGGAAGAGGAGGAGAGGAUGGUGCAAAGCUCGCCCUCUCGUGGCGGAGAAGACCCCCAGGCGCUCAGUAAAUGGGAGAAGGAGAGCCACGAGGCCACCAGGGAGCUGCUCAAAGUCAAGGACAGGCUUAUCGAGGUGGAGAGGAAUAAUGCCACAUUGCAAGCAGAGAAGGCAGCACUGAAGAGCCAACUGAAACAACUGGAGACUCAAAGCUCCAACCUGCAGGCUCAGAUCGUGGCCGUGCAGAGACAGAGCGCUUCUCUACAGGAGAACAACACCACACUCCAGACGCAGAAUGCCAAGCUGCAGGUGGAGAACUCCACGCUGAGCUCACAGAGCGCCGCCCUCAUGGCGCAGAACGCUCAACUGCAGGGGCAGCAGAGCAGUGCGGAGGCCGAGCGCGAGGGGGCGCUGCGGGAGAAAGAGGAGCUCCGGUCAACCUACGAGCUGCUCCUUCGUGACCACGAUAAGCUGGCAGCGCUCCACGAGAGGCAAGCGUCAGAGUACGAGUCGCUUAUUGGCAAGCACGGCGGCCUCAAGACCUCCCACAAGUCUCUAGAGCAGCAGCACAGAGACCUGGAGGACAAGUACAAGCAGCUCCUGCAGAGGAAGGGAGAUCUGGAUGAGCUAGAGAAGAACCUCAAAGAGCAACAAGACAAAAUGUCUUCUGAGACCCAAAGCCACCGAGUCACCGCUGACCGAUGCAAACUGCUCAAAGAGGAAAACGACAGACUGAAUACAACAUAUCAGCAACUGCAGAGGGACAACGAGAACCUCCAGCUGGACCACAAAAACAUCAAGAGUCAGUUGAAUGGCGCCAAGCUGGAGCAGACCAAGCUGGAGGCAGAGUUCUCCAAGCUCAAGGAGCAGUAUCAGCAGCUGGACAUCACCUCCACCAAACUCACCAACCAGUGUGAGCUGUUGAGUCAGCUGAAGGGCAACCUGGAGGAGGAGAACCGCCACCUCUUGGAUCAGAUCCAGACGCUGAUGCUGCAGAACCGCACGUUGCUGGAGCAGACCAUGGAGAGCAAAGACCUUUUCCACGUUGAACAGAGACAAUACAUUGACAAGCUGAAUGAGCUGAGGAGACAGAAGGAGAAGCUGGAGGAGAAGAUUAUGGAUCAGUACAAGUUCUACGAUCCCUCACCUCCACGCAGGCGCGGCAACUGGAUCACAUUGAAGAUGAAGAAGCUGAUCAAGCCUAAAAGUCGCGAGCGGAUGCGCUCGCUCACAUUGACACCGUCGCGCUCAGAGUCUGGCGACGGCUUCCUGUCAUUUCCUGCCGACAGCCAAGACAGCUCUUCUGUUGGGUCCGGUUCCAACUCCCUUGACGACGCGCUCACGCACAAGAGGAGCAGCAGGAGGAGAGGCCAACGGUGCCUUGCCCAAGGGCAGGGCUCCACCAACGCCCUAAAACGGUUGCCUUUCAUGAGGAACAGAUCCAAGGACAAAGACAAGGCCAAAGCCAUCUACCGACGCUCCAUGUCCAUGAACGACCUCUUGCAAACCAUGACGGUGGCCGGCGGUCCGAGCGCUGACUGGACGGGCAGCACGGAGAACCUGGACGUGGCCGGAGAGGCAGGGGACAUAAGCGGCGUGCGGCGCGGAGGGGAUGGCGGCCGGCGCAUGAAAGAGCUGGCAUUCUCCACCAACGCCAUAGACUGCGCCGCCCUCACUCUGCCCUCGGUCGCUCAUGGGAGGGCCACACAGAGGCUCCGUGUCAAAGACAAUGCUUCUUGUGAGGAUGUCGCCGGCUCUUUGGACGACCCCAAGAGUCAAGCCUCCAGACCCUCCAGUCUCCAUAGCAACAGGACCACCAGUAGUAUUAGUAACAAUAACUCCCAACUCACCUCUCCUCUGGAGGGAAAAGGCACGUUGAACGGCAGCGCCAGUCGCCCUCACAGCGAGAGCAGCGGUGAAUUCAGUUUGAGUUUGGAGCAGGAGGCCUGGUCAAGCAGCGGCAGCAGCCCCGUCCAGCAACCGUCGUCUCGCUCGUCCCACCGAAGUCCCGGGCCCGCCCGAGGCGCCCUGGAUUCCUCGGCCGCCGCCGCCCCCCUUCCUGGAUGCAUCAAGAAGACUGCGUCCCCGGGCAACGAGGUGCUUUCACUGCAGCAGUUCCUGGAUGAGGGAAUCGACCCUGCUGAGUCGGGCAGUCAGGAAAAUCUCACCGUGGACUCGCCCCGCCUCGUGGCCUCAUCCGAGCGAGCGCAGAAGGAACGCCCUGCCACCCGGACCCGUGGCAUCCUGCGGUCGUCCAGCGGCAAAGCGGCGCCCGUCUCCGCCGAGCGCCCGCCCCGCUCUUCGGGCCAAGUGGGUCGCCCCAGCCUGCGCAAGGCGGAGAGCACGCGCGUGAGGGGUUCGGCGCGGCCAGGCCUGACCGCACAGGCGCGGGCGUCGUCAGUGUCGGAACGCCUAGACCGAGCGUCUGGAUCGGCGUCCACCCUGCCACGCGCCAGCAGCGUUAUCUCCACAGCCGAGGGCAGCUCGCGGCGCACCAGUAUCCACGACAUGCUUUCCAAGGACAACCGGCCACCCGUGUCUGUCGACGGGGUUCGAUCCCCGCCCGCGCCUAGUGAGUACACCCGAACGGGACCCCCGGGUACACCCCCCUUGCCAAAGUCCCUCAGCCUACCGUGCCCGAGCUCGGACGAAGCCGAGCUCCCUGCUCUCGAGUCCUUCCUAGGUCCGUCCUUCACCGCCGAGUCGGUCUUCAUGGACUCCAUCUUUAGCGAGUCAGUGGCGGGCAAAAGCCUCCCCUUCCUCUCCCUCAACCCCACCCUGGUCAGCAACAUCAGCGGUCCUCCCGGGGCCUCGUACCCGCCUAGCCAAUCGGACGCCCCAGAAGGGUCUGAGCGUUUGGACGCCGAGGACAAUCAGCUGUGGUUCGAGUACGGGUGUGUGUGAGCGAGGGGGAGGUUCUGGCCCGCCGACAUCUGUUUUGGUGGAGGUCCUUUCCUCUUGUUCUGGUGCUCCCACGGUGCUGGUUCUUGAUUUUUUUUUUCCCCCUUCUCCUGGAGGUUUUGCUUGUGUUUUGGUCCAUUUCUCACCAUCCACUUUGUGAAUCCCACCAAAAUGGAAUUAAAAAAUAGCAAAUGAAUGUCAUAUUAAUAUUGGUAAUACAGUGCUACCUUGACUUUUGGGUUUCCAAACUCACAAACACUGAAGUAUGGGGACAAUCAGAGCUAUUUUUCUUCACAUUGGCUGCUAUUGAUGGCAAUAAAUGGGGAAAAUCCUAAAUCAAGGUGCUGUAUUGAAACUCCCCACUGUCUUUUUGUGUCUGCAUGUUUCAUUUUGAUCUCUGCGAUCAAAAUAUAUAUAUGUAUUUUGUACAAUACAAACAGUUUUCCUUUGUUCCUUUGUAUAAAUCAUUUCUUUUGGUCAGGUCUUCAAAAUGAUGGCGCACAAGUGUGUUAUGAGGAUCUAAUAAUUAACCCUCCUGUUAUGUUUCAUAGUCAUCCAAAUGAAUAUGAAGAUAUUUAUCAAAUAUUUAGUAUUCAACAAAGGAAUUUCCUAUUUUUCCCCCCUUACAAAUUUCUAACAUUAAAUCUUCCAGGGUGUGAUAGACAAGAUAAAAACGGGAAAGUUUUAAGUGAAAGUGAGUGCAGGACGUGAUAAUAUUUUGGGGAGACAGUGAACGACCAUGUUUCACUGCCAUUGACAGCUAUAGACAUUCAAACCCUUUUUACUUCCUACUUUAAAUGGAUUGGACAUCUAUAACUGUCAAUAGUAGCGAACGAGUUAAAUAAGAGUUGAAAUUGUCGUGGUUGGCUUCUGGUUGGCUAAUUUUCUCGUUGGUGCUGUAAAGUUUAGAGUAGAUUAUGUAUUUUCUGUCACAUUUGCGCAGAAAUGGUAUUACUAUUAUGUAACGAUACAAUGAUGCAAUCAAAUUGAUCGGAACUCAAAACAUCGAUCAACUUGGUCAUAUGAUGAUUGAUGCAUGUGACGCGCAUCGUCAUUUGUCGGCCAUUUUCCAAUUGGGCCAUUCGAUGAGUAUAACCUCAAUGGAAUAUGUACUUUAAAAUACUUUUAAAUUGCUCGGUUUUUAUUAGAUUUUCAAACAGAUUGGGGUUUCAUCAACAUCAGAUAUGCAGUAAAGUAAUUGCAAACUUUUAAACCCCCCCCCCCCCCCCCCAUAUAGCAUUUAGAAUCAAUGUCACUUUUAUACGGUUUGUUUUGAAACUACUUGUAAAUCUGUCAAGAAUCCAAAAACGUCAAAAUUGCUUUCUUUUGUUUGUUUAGGUCAGAUGUAACUGAUUGUGUUGUGUACAUAUAGUAAUAAAUCGAUUGAACUACCUUGAAUCGAAUCGUGGGAGACUUUGUGAUCUCUUUGUCCAGAAAGUCAUUAUUUUUUUCUUGAAAUUGGUAAUUAAAACCUAUUUACAGUGAGAAAAAUAAGUAUUUGAGCACCUUGAAAUUUUGCAAGUUCUCCCACUUAGAAAUGAUAGGCGGGUUUGAAAUUUUCAUGGUUGGUGAUUGCCCGUUGUGAGACUAUCUUUAAAAAAAAAUUAUCCAGAAACGAUUUAUUUGUAUUAUACUGCUGCAAAUAAGUAUUUGAACACCUGAGAAAAUCAAUGUCAAUAUUUGGUAAGGUAGCCUUUGUUUACAAUUACACAGGUCAAACAUUUCCUGUAACUUUUCACCAGGUUUGCACAGACUGGAGAAGGGAUUUUGCACCAUUGCACAGAUCUUCUCUAGAUCAAUCAGGUUUCUGGACUUUCACUGAGAAACACUGAGUUUGAGCUUCCUCCAAAGAUUUUCUUAUUGGGUUUAAGUCUGGAGACUGGCUACGCCCCUUCAGAAUCUUGAUAUGCUUUUACGAAGCCACUCCCUGGUUAUUCUGGCUGUCUGCUUCGGGUCUUUGUCACGUUGGAAGACUCAGUCAUGACUAGGAGUGGGAACCUCUUGGUACCUCAUGAUACGAUUUGCGAUACAAAGCUCACGAUAACGAUCCGACAAUAUGGCGAUACAACGAUUAUCGAUACAUUGGUCAGGAAAUCAUUCUAGGAUAUUCUACAAACAACUAAUGAACAGAAAAACAAGCUUCUGCUGUGAAUUGGAAUUAGUUUAUCACUAGUAGA